AUGUGCAUCUCCCAUCACCAGCUGUUGAGAUUCUCCCUUCAAAGGUACAGAUUGCACACCCAUAUAAAUAAUGCUGGAGAGAAUGUAGACUUGCAAGGUUUCAAUGUGUUCAAGGGAAGAGUUAGUGUUGCUGAUAUAAUUGGGUUCUCUGGUUCAGAAACAAUAUCCUCAAAACCUGAUGGAUUUCUAAAAUCUUGGGAGGGCUCAAUUGAUCUUGUUAAUGUUCUUAAGCAUGAGAUUCGUGAUGGACAGCUGAGCUUAAGAGGCAAAAGGGUACUUGAGUUGGGAUGCAGCUAUGGACUUCCUGGGAUUUUUGCUUGCUUGAAGGGGGCUUCCACAGUACAUUUUCAAGAUCUCAGUGCGGAAACUAUUAGAUGCACAACUAUACCAAAUGUCCUUGCUAAUCUUGAGCAAGCUCGAGACCGGCAGAGCCGACAACCAGAGGGUCCCCUGACACCAUCAAGGCAAACUCUGGCUCCAACGGUGCACUUCUAUGCUGGUGAUUGGGAAGAACUCCCCACAGUCUUGUCUGUUAUAAGGAGUGACGUGUCUGAAAUGACAACAGGGAUGAGCCUGAGCUUCUCUGAGGAGGAUUUCAUGGAUGGAUGUAGUAGCCAAGAUGGUAGCAUCAUAGGACAGGAUAUCUCUUCAAGGAGGUCAAGAAAACUUUCAGGAAGCCGGGCAUGGGAGAGGGCUAGCGAGGCAGAUCAGGGUGAAGGUGGUUAUGAUGUUAUUUUGAUGACUGAGAUCCCAUAUUCUGUGACCUCAUUGAAGAAGCUAUAUUCACUCAUUAAAAAGUGUUUGAGGCCUCCAUAUGGAGUCGUUUACUUAGCAACGAAGAAGAAUUAUGUCGGUUUCAAUAAUGGCGCACGACACUUGAGGAGUCUCGUCGAUGAAGAAUCCAUUUUUGGAGUUCAUUUAAUCAAGGAGAUGACUGAUAGAGACAUUUGGAAGUUCUUUCUGAAGUGAACACAAGUUCAUCACUGGACAAAAUACCUACCAGACUCAACUACAAAUUUUCAGAUGCUUAUUUUAUUUAUUUACAUUAAUCCCAUAUGUAUAAAUUAUAAUACAGAUUACAAGUCCCAUUUUUUUUCUUUUUUCCUUUUUUGGGGUUAGUAAUAAUGGAACCAGAAAUAGAAAGCUUGGUAUAUAUACAUCCUAAUUGUUCUGGAAUGGCGUAAUUUUUGUUUUUUUUUCUUUUUACCAUUUAUCCCAUUUAAAGUGUAAAUUGAACCUUAAUUAAAUUUUCCAAGGUUGAAUUAAAUGUUCUUUAAUUUGUUCAUUUU